AUGUCUACAGCGCAGGCAGUACUACAACAGAAGCUGACCAUCACGCCCAAAACAGCUUCUCUCCUGAUGAAAGCUGGUUAUAGUGAUUAUCGCGAGCUCAAACAUGCCACACCGAACAGUAUAGUCGAGCAGUUCACAUCCAAGUUCGGCAUCCCUAAGACAUCCGCCUCCGCUUAUCGGCGUGCGUGCCGAAGGCUGGUAUUCCUUGGAACACAAGACGAUCCCGAAGAACAGGAGAAGGUUUGCGCUGACUGGACCAACAAAGCGCUAGCCGCUCGUGGAAUUUGGCGGGCUGACUUUGAUGAUCUGACGGGCGAGCAAAUUGCCGAGUUGCUUAUUGGUACGGCAAAAUGA